AUGAAAUUUCCAAUCGAGACACCAAGGAAACAGGUGAACUGGGAUCCUAAAGUGGCGGUCCCUGCAGCUGUCCCUCCAGUGUGCCAGCCCAAGAGUGCUGCUAACGGGCACCAUCCGGCUGCUCCUCGCCUCUCCAUUUCCUCCAGAGCCACGGUGGUAGCCAGAAUGGAAGGUGCCUCCCAGGGGGGCCUGCAGACCGUCAUGAAGUGGAAAACAGUGGUUGCCAUCUUUGUGGUCGUCGUGGUCUACCUCGUCACUGGUGGCCUCGUCUUCCGGGCUCUGGAGAAGCCCUUCGAGAGUAGCCAGAAGAACACCAUCGCCUUGGAGAAGGCCGAAUUCCUGCGGGAUCACAUCUGUGUGAGUCCCCAGGAGCUGGAGACUUUGAUCCAGGUGAGUACUAAUGCCUCGAGUGCUGGAACAUCUCCCAUUCCCCGCCUACAGAAUUAAUCUGGGCAUUGGGACCUUAAUUCCUUUUUCCACUUCCACCCCCACAUCCUCACCAGCAUUGGGUAUGGGAAUAUUGCUCCAAGCACUGAAGGAGGCAAAAUCUUUUGUAUUUUAUAUGCCAUCUUUGGGAUUCCACUCUUUGGUUUUUUAUUGGCUGGAAUUGGAGACCAACUUGGAACCAUCUUUGGGAAAAGCAUUGCAAGAGUGGAGAAAGUCUUUCGAAAAAAGCAAGUGAGCCAGACCAAGAUCCGGGUCAUCUCAACCAUCCUGUUCAUCCUGGCGGGCUGCAUCGUGUUUGUGACGAUUCCUGCGGUCAUUUUUAAGUACAUCGAGGGAUGGACGGCCUUGGAGUCCAUUUAUUUUGUGGUAGUCACUCUGACCACUGUGGGGUUUGGUGAUUUUGUGGCAGGGGGAAAUGCUGGCAUUAAUUACCGGGAGUGGUACAAGCCCCUGGUGUGGUUCUGGAUCCUUGUUGGCCUGGCCUACUUCGCCGCUGUUCUCAGUAUGAUCGGAGACUGGCUACGGGUGCUCUCCAAAAAGACAAAAGAAGAGGUUGGUGAGAUCAAGGCCCACGCCGCAGAGUGGAAGGCCAACGUGACAGCCGAGUUCCGAGAGACCAGGCGGCGGCUCAGCGUGGAGAUCCAUGACAAGCUGCAGCGGGCGGCCACCAUCCGCAGCAUGGAGCGCCGGCGCCUGGGCCUGGACCAGAGGGCCCACUCACUCGACAUGCUGUCCCCGGAGAAGCGCUCCGUCUUUGCUGCCCUGGACACAGGCCGCUUCAAGGCCUCCUCCCAAGAGAGCAUCAACAACCGGCCCAACAACCUGCGCCUUAAGGGGUCUGAGCAGCUCAACAAACACGGGCAAGGCGCCUCUGAAGACAACAUCAUCAACAAGUUCGGGUCCACCUCUAAACUCACCAAGAGGAAAAACAAAGACCUCAAAAAGACCUUGCCCGAGGACGUCCAGAAAAUCUACAAGACCUUCCGCAAUUACUCACUAGAUGAAGAGAAGAAAGAGGAAGAGACGGAAAAAAUGUGUAACUCAGACAACUCCAGCACGGCCAUGCUGACAGAGUCCAUCCAGCAGUACGCCGAGCUGGAGAACGGGAUGAUCCCCACAGACACCAAAGACCAGGAGCUCGAGGACAACGCGUUACUUGAAGACAGAAACUAA